AUGUUCAUUAAAAACGAUCACGCUGGUGACAGAAAACGUUUAGAAGACUGGAGAAUCAAAGGUUAUGAUCCAUUGACUCCCCCAGAUCUGCUUCAACAUGAAUUUCCUAUAUCCGCUAAGGGUGAAGAAAAUAUUAUCAAAGCAAGAGAUGCUGUCUGUGAUAUAUUGAAUGGUAAGGAUGACCGUUUAGUCAUUGUCAUCGGCCCAUGUUCUCUACAUGAUCCCAAGGCCGCUUACGAUUACGCCAACAGGUUGGCUGAGGUUUCAGAAAAGUUAUCCAAGGACUUGUUAAUUAUUAUGAGAGCUUACUUAGAAAAGCCAAGGACCACCGUAGGUUGGAAAGGUUUAAUUAACGAUCCUGAUAUGAAUAACUCUUUCCAAAUUAAUAAGGGUUUACGGAUUUCCAGAGAGAUGUUCAUAAAACUAGUUGAAAAACUACCCAUUGCCGGUGAGAUGUUGGACACCAUUUCUCCACAAUUCUUAAGUGAUUGUUUCUCCUUGGGUGCCAUCGGUGCCAGGACUACUGAAUCUCAACUACAUAGAGAAUUAGCAUCUGGUUUGUCUUUCCCUAUUGGAUUCAAAAAUGGUACUGAUGGUGGUUUACAAGUCGCCAUUGAUGCUAUGAGGGCUGCCGCACACGAGCAUUACUUUCUUUCUGUUACAAAGCCAGGUGUUACUGCUAUCGUAGGUACCGAGGGUAACAAAGAUACUUUUUUGAUCUUGAGAGGUGGUAAGAACGGUACUAACUUCGACAAAGAAAAUGUUCAAAACACCAAGAAGCAAUUAGAGAAAGCUGGCCUGACCGAUGAUUCUCAGAAAAGAAUUAUGAUUGAUUGCUCUCACGGCAACAGCAAUAAAGAUUUCAAGAAUCAACCAAAAGUCGCCAAAUGUAUUUACGAUCAAUUAACGGAGGGGGAGAACAGUCUGUGCGGUGUCAUGAUUGAAUCUAACAUAAAUGAAGGUAGACAAGACAUUCCUGAAGAAAAUGGGAGAGAAGGUUUGAAAUAUGGUUGCUCUGUUACUGAUGCUUGUAUUGGUUGGGAAAGCACCGAACAAGUAUUGGAGCUAUUGGCGGAAGGUGUCAGAAACAGAAGAAAAGCCUCAAAGAAAUAA